AACGUGGUGGAAGCCUGUCUCUAUCAUCCCCUCUCUCUUUCCCUCCUCUUCCUUCUCUUUACUACUACUACUCUGCUUCUUCUCUCUUCUCUCUCUACUUUCUUCUUGUGGGACAAACCCUAAUUAUUUUACAUCGAUCUCUCUCCACUUUUCCCGCUCAAUCAUCUGAUCUUUCCCUCUCUUAGCAAUGCAUGAUCUUCGAUUUUGUAUCAGUGUUCACAGCUGAAAACUUCGAAGUGGGUCUGUUGGUUUCUUCGGAUUAGAUUAGAGAAGAAGAAGAAGAAGAAGAAGAAGAAGAAUGCUGGAAGCUGUAGAUAGCUCAGGAGUGGUCAAUGGAGGAUUCCCACAGAUUCAGAGCUUUUACGGCGAUUGCAGUAGUGAAGAAGAGUUAUCAGUAUUGCCACGUCAUACAAAAGUGGUGGUCACCGGAAACAACCGUACGAAAUCGGUGCUUGUUGGUCUUCAAGGUGUUGUCAAAAAAGCUGUCGGUCUCGGUGGUUGGCAUUGGCUGGUUCUGACAAAUGGUAUAGAAGUAAAGUUGCAGAGGAAUGCGCUUAGUGUCCUUGAACAUCCUACUGGAAACGAAGAAGACGAUGAUCUUGAUUUCGAAAACACACAGAGGAAUGGCUCCGAUAUGAUUGUUUCUUUUCCAGCAUCUGAGGACACACUGAAGCCUCAUAAGUCGAAGCAAAGAGGGCAGAGAUCAUCGCGGUCAUCUCACAAGACGAUGAGCAGAUCUCUAUCAUCUGACUCGCAAUUAAAAAGUUCGGGUUUUACUCCCCGUGAAAACAUGAAGGUUGAUCUUAGCAAAUUGGAAAUGCCCGCUUUAUUGAAUUAUUGGCGACAUUUUAACCUUGUGGAUGCAAUUCCUAAUCCAUCAAAGGAGCAACUAAUUGACAUUGUUCAAAGGCACUUCAUGUCUCAGCAAAUGGAUGAGCUUCAGGUUAUUGUGGGGUUUGUCCAAGCUGCAAAGAGAAUGAAGAAGGCAUGCAAGUUGCAAUCAAAAGAAGCCAGAAACACUGAUCUUAACUGCAUCAGCUAAAAAAGAAGCCCUGACUUUUAACAAAUCCUGUAUGUAAGGUACACCGACUUGUUUAACCAUUCGUGGCUUGCUAAGUUUUAGUUAUUCUAGAGAUGUUUGGCUAUAGGGUAGAUGUUGUUUCUUCUUACUUCUGUUGUUUAGCCGUGUAAGUACCAUCAAGAAACCAAAUGACUCUCUAAAGCUUCCUAUUGGAAACUAUCUGUUCUGAUACGAUCUGGAGAGAUGGGUAUGUUAGAAUGUAAAUAUAAAUGUUUGGUAUCACUUUUUUUC